CCACCCUGCUUCUAUUGGAAGCCUGCGUAGAAGAAGACCACCCCGGGCGGGAAAUGUUUUGGAAACGAAAGAGUUAAGGAGUUUGUAGCUUCAGAUCGAAGUCUUCUCUCUCACACGUCGCCAUGAACAAAUGAAUUCGCGAGGAAUUAAAUAUCAUUUUCACAAAGGAGAACGAGUUCUGUGCUUUGAACCCGACCCUAGCAAGGCUAAAGUGCUAUAUGACGCAAAGGUCCUCGAUGUGUUGAUCGGUACAGACGAACAUGGAAGAAGAGUCCCAAAGUACCUGAUUCACUUCAAUGGUUGGAGCAGAAGCUGGGAUCGUUGGGCCGCAGAAGAUCAUGUCCUAAGGGACACAGAAGAAAACCGAAAGUUGCAACGGAGACUGGCCCGUAAAGCUCUGGGUCGCAUGAAGAGAAAAGGAUGGCGGAAGAGGCGCCGUCGUCCGUCUGGCACUAAGUCCUCCUCUCUGAAGACUCUCCCCAAGGAGGAUGACAGCGACGAUGCAUGCCUGAUCUCGAGCUCAGAGAGCAGCGAGGGCGACGACUCUGACCCCGACGACUCUUCGAACAGCGGGGACAGCACCUUCUCGGAGGACAUGAACAAGAUGAGGGUUGAGCCUGAGCUGAACAUCAAGAGGGAGUGUGAAGAGAAAACGGUUCACGUGGACAUCAGCAUCCCGGACGUCCUGAAGAAGAAGCUGGAGGACGACUGCUUCUACAUCAACAAGAGGAAAAAGCUCGUCAUGGUUCCCUGUCAGACUAACGUGGUGCACAUCCUGGAGUCCUACGUCAAACACUUCGCCAUCAACAAAGCCUUCAUGGCGAAUGAGCGGUACCGGCGCCAGCAGAGCGCCACGCAGAGCAGCUCGCCACAACCGACUCCCCCAGAGAAGAGUGAGGAGCUGUGUAAAGAGAUGGUCGACGGCCUGAGGAUCACCUUCGACUUCACUUUACCCAUGAUCCUCCUGUACCCCAGCGAACAAGCCCAGUUCAAGAAGGUCAGCUCCUCCCGGCUCUUCCUCACCACGAGGGAGGGCUCCCCGUGCUCCAGCAGCUUCCAGCGGGAGCGCAGCCCCAGCCCGCCUGUACACAACCCCCCCACCCCGCAGUCCACCGACAGCCAGCCCACGCUGAGCGACACGUCCGCCACCACGCCCACCGCCCCGGCCCCCACCCCGAAGCGCAGGCGCCACCCGGACAUGGACUGCAUCUCCUUCCAGUCGCAGUCGCAGUCGCUCAGACGCUCCACCAGGAACACGUCUGGGGGUGACCGGCCUGCAGAGGGCAGCAGUGGAGGUGGAGGAAGCGCCGCAGCGUCCCCGCAGCUCAAACGGCGAGCAGUCGAAUCUUCAUCACAGCCCAAGUUCUUUCUGAACCUCGACAAAAAAACCCCGGUGCACAGCGGCUCGUCGUCCCCGUUGCCCUUGACGCCCAGCAAGGAGCGAAGCGGGCCGUUCCGCGGCCUGGAGAGCCGCCGAAACAACGAGCUCAACGAGGUCCUGAGCUGGAAGCUGACUCCGGAUAACUAUCCGCUGAACGACCAGCCUCCCCCGCCCUCGUACCUGUACGGGUCCCAACAUCUCCUGCGGCUUUUCGUGAAGCUUCCAGAAAUACUUGGAAAAAUGCAAAUCCCUGAGAGAAACCUGCGGACGCUCAUCAAACAUCUGGAACUUUUUCUGCGGUUUCUGGCCGAGUUCCACGAGGACUUCUUCCCGGAGUCGGCGUACGUGUCGGCGUCCGAGGCCCACUACAGCAUGAAACAGCCCAGACCGGUUUACUGAAGCCUUCCCCCUCCUCUUCAUCGUCUCUUUGAAUCUAGUCUGGCUCUGCGCUUCGAGGAAUAAACACCGGCUUUCCUUUUUCUGCUCCCUUCUGACCGAUGUUCUGCUGACGCCGUGGACGCCGUCGGUCCCGACAGGCGCCUGCUUUGUUUUUUACUUUCUUAGACCUCCUGACUGCUUCUUCGCCUGCUCUACCGCGGUUUGUCUGUUUUGGAAUCCCGACAGAAGGUUCUGGAUUCUCUAGAGGACACAGGAACUUCCAUCUUGUCUAAGGAGGGACUCUUCCUGGAUUCCAAUGAAACUAAAAGACUUUUAUCUUUUUUUUUUCUUCUCAAGAACUAACCCUGAUCUGCAUAGACGAACCCCCGGCCAUGUGCAGCGUUAUUCAGCUUUUAGCUGUUUAGUUGACUGUAAAACACAUCAGUUGAAGAAAAAAGAAAACAAACGUCUAAUUUACACGAGAACAAGCGUCAAUGUUUACAUUUUACAGAGGUUUGUGUUGGCACAGAUGAAUGAAACUAAUCUGAUGCAAAUAAAAACAUUUGUUUUCAGUUA